AUGGGUUAUUUAUUGGAAAAGAAAGAGAAAUUUGCUCAAAGACAUAGGUGUGCGGUCUUAUCAACCAAUCCUUCUAGACAACGAUCAAAAUUCUCAAUUGGAUUUGGAGCAUCACAAGAGUAUCGAUCAACGCUAAACACUAUCAUUUAUCCUCUGAAGAUAGAAAACAACAUGGAGAAGUGGUCUCAACUUCCUAUCUGUUUUGCGGAAAUUUGA